AUGUCGUCCACACCGAAGACCGCGGAAACGGACAACGCAUCGCUUGAGAAGCACGCUCUCGAAGACUCCCGCUCGAUCCGUUCGUUGCCUCAGGACGCAGACCACGAAGCAGCCAAGCCUGGGUUGCUCGACUUCGAGCCGAAAUGGUACCAUUCGGUCUUCUUCAAUAUGACGAUCCUCGGUCUCUGUAACUUUUCGGCUCCGGGCCUGUGGGGUGCAAUGAAUUCCCUGGGCGCGGGCGGGGCUGCUUCCCCGCACCUGAUUAACGCUGCGAACGCAUUGACGUUCUGUCUCAUGGUUUUGAGCUGUUGGUUGGGAAGCGCAUUCGUGAAUGCCUUCGGCGUGAGAAUUACUCUGAUGUUUGGCACUGCGGGGUACUGCGUAUUCGCCGCCGGCCUGUACACGAACAAUGUCUACGGCACUAAAUGGCUUGUUCUCUUCGGAGCGGCAUGGUGUGGCAUUUGUGCUGGGCUCUUCUGGAUGAUCGAAGGCGCGAUCGCGCUCUCGUACCCAGAGCCCGCACGCAGGGGGAAGGCGCUCGGGUACUGGCUCUGCUACCGCGUAGCUGGGCAAGUACUCGGAGGCGCGAUCAACCUCGGCAUCAACGCGCACCGCUCGGAGGCGGGAUCGAUCUCACCGAAGGUCUACAUCGUCUUCAUUGCUCUGCAGGCAUGCGGCCCGUUCAUCGGAGCUCUGAUCUCGUCGCCCAAUAAAGUCCAGAGGAAGGAUCGCACCCCGGUCGAGCUGUACAUCGGCACGAACUUCGCUGUCGAGAUGAAGGCGACGUGGGCGAUGUUCCUGAGCCCAAAGUUCCUACUGCUCAUCCCGCUCAUUUGGCAAACGGUCUUCUCGGAGUCGUUCACGGGAACGUAUUUUGUUGAUUACUUCAGCGUUCGCUCUCGCGCACUCGGAUCGUUCUGCAGCGCGAUCCUGUGCAUGAUCGUCGGCCUGGUGGAAGGCCAUCUGCUUGACAACCAGCGCUGGUCCAAGAAGCUCCGCGCACGCUGGACUUACGUCAUCGUUCUGUCUUUGCAGGGCGGAUGGUGGAUCUACAGCCAAAUUAUCCAGCAAGAUUACGUGCGCGGCAAGCGAUCGCCCGACUGGCAGACGAUCGACUGGGCUUCGCCGGGCUUCGCACGCGGCUUCGUUCUCUACCUCGUCAUCACGAUGGGCUUCCAGAUGAAUUAUCUGUUCAUGUUCUGGGUUGUGGGGAGCCUCGUCGAGCACCCGCGCGACAUCAUCCGGAUAGCGGCGUUGUUGCGCGGGACGGAGAGCGCGGCGCAGGCCGUCUCGUACGGCAUUAACUCGACGUCGCUCAUCAUGACCGGCGCGUCUGCGAUUAACUUCGGGCUCUGGGGCCUCGCGCUGAUCCCCGGAUGGUUCGUCGUACGCACGAUUGGGGUCAGCAAACCGAACUUGCGCGAGCUGGACGUCGACGAAUUUGAUGAGAAAUUCCCGGAGGACGACACGUCAAAAGCUGUACAAUGA